AGCAGACCGGGGCAUUUCUCCCCGAGAUGGCGGGUCUGCCGGCUGCAGCGGCCCCAAGGCCCACGCUCCUGUUCUUCCUACUCUCGCUUCUCCACCCCUCGCAGCCUGGAGGGGUGCCAGGAGCUGUCCCUGGAGGGAUCCCUGGUGCAGUUCCCGGAGGAGUCUUCUAUCCAGGAGCUGGUGUCGGAGGCCUGGGAGGAGGAGCGCUGGGGCCUGGAGGCAAGCCACCCAAGACAGGUGCUGGUGCCCUCGGAGCAUUUGGAGCAGUUCCCGGAGGUGUUGGCCCUGGAGCAGGGCUGGGGGCCUUCCCCGCAGGUGGCUAUCCAGGAGCCCUGGUGCCCGGUGGAGUAGCAGGUGCGGCUGCAGCCUAUAAGGCCGCCAAGGCCGGUGCUGGGCUGGGCGGUGUCGGAGGGCUUGGUGGCGUUGGUGGUGUUGGCGGCGUUGGUGGCGUUGGUGGCGUUGGUGGCGUCGGUGGCUUAGGAGUGUCCACAGGUGCGGUGGUACCUCAGGUCGGAGCCGGAGUUGGAGUUGGAGCUGGAGGGAAACCCGGGAAAGUGCCAGGUGUGGGGCUCCCAGGUGUAUAUCCUGGUGGAGUACUUCCAGGCACAGGAACUCGCUUCCCUGGAGUUGGGGUGCUCCCUGGAGUUCCCACGGGCACUGGAGUCAAGCCCAAGGCCCCAGGUGCAGGAGGAGCUUUUGCUGGAAUCCCAGGGGUUGGACCCUUUGGGGGCCAGCAGCCUGGAGUCCCACUGGGGUACCCCAUCAAAGCCCCCAAGCUGCCAGGUGGCUAUGGACUACCCUACAGCACUGGAAAACUUCCCUAUGGUUAUGGCCCCGGAGGAGUGGCAGGUGCAGGGGGCAAGGCUGGCUACCCGACAGGCACAGGAGUUGGUUCCCAGGCUGCAGCCGCAGCUGCAGCCAAAGCAGCUAAGUACGGUGCUGCAGGAGCCGGAGUCAUCCCGGGUGUCGGAGGCGUUCCCGGUGUCGGAGUGGGCGGAGUUCCUGGCGUCGGAGUGGGCGGAGUCCCUGGUGCAAUUCCUGGGAUUGGUGGUAUCGCAGGGGUUGGGACUCCUGCUGCUGCGGCUGCUGCGAAGGCAGCCGCGAAGGCAGCCAAGUAUGGAGCUGCUGGAGGCUUAGUACCUGGUGGACCAGGAGGUCGGGUCCCAGGUGCUGGGAUCCCAGGGGUUGGAAUUCCAGGGGCUGGGAUCCCAGGCAUUGCAGGUGUACCAGGUGUGCCAGGGGCCGUGUCACAACCUGCAGCUGCUAAAGCAGCCGCUAAGGCAGCCAAAUAUGGAGCCGGUGUCGGAGUGGGAGGCAUCCCCACCUAUGGGGUGGGUGCCGGGGGCUUUCCUGGCUAUGGCGUUGGAGUGGGUGGAGUUCCUGGAGUCCCUGGAGUCCCUGGAGUCCCUGGAGUCCCUGGAGUCCCUGGAGCUGUUUCCCCAGCCGCCCAAGCCGCAGCUGCAGCCAAAGCUGCUAAGUAUGGUGCUGCAGGAGCCGGAGCCCUGGGAGGGCUGGUGCCAGGUGCUGGAGGCGUAGUACCAGGGUUGCCAGGCACUGGAGGGCUGCCAGGAGCUGGGACCCCAGCAGCAGCUGCUGCAGCUGCCAAAGCCGCCGCCAAGGCUGCCCAGUAUGGGGUCGGCGGUGUUCCUGGCGGUGUUCCUGGCGGUGUUCCUGGUGGUGUUCCUGGUGGCAUUGUUCCUGGCGGUGUUCCUGGUGGUGUUCCUGGUGGCAUUGCUAUCAGCCCCGGUGUUGGCGUUGGCGUGGGAGGAAUUCCUGGAACCCCGGCUGUGGCUAAAUCAGCUGCCAAAGCGGCUGCCAAGGCUCAGUACCGGGCUGCUGCCGGGCUGGGUGCAGGCGUUCCCGGAUUUGGUGCUGGUGCUGGCAUUCCUGGAUUCGGGGCAGGUGCUGGCGUUCCUGGAUUCGGGGCAGGGGCAGGUGCAGUACCUGGAUCUCUGGCCGCAGCUAAGGCAGCGAAAUACGGUGGUGUUCCUGGUGGCAUUCCUGGCGGUGUCCCUGGCGGCGUUCCUGGCGGUGUCCCUGGCGUUCUUGGCGUACCUGGUGGCCUUGGUGGAGCGGGUGUCCCAGGCGGUGUAGCAGGUGGGCCUGCCGCAGCAGCUGCCGCAGCCAAAGCUGCAGCCAAGGCCGCCCAGUAUGGCUUAGGGGGACCUGGCGGGCUGGGAGCUGGUGGCCUUGGAGCCGGAGGGCUUGGAGCCGGUGGAAUUGCCCCAGGAGGUUUGGGAGGUGUGUCCCCAGCUGCAGCUGCUAAGGCAGCCAAAUAUGGUACUGCUGGCAUUGGAGGUGUCCUUGGAGCCACCAGGCCAUUCCCAGGAGGAGUUGCUGCACGGCCUGGCUUUGGAUUGUCUCCCAUCUUUCCAGCUGGCGGUGCUGGAGGCCUGGGAGUUGGUGGCAAGCCACCCAAGCCUUACGGAGGGGCCCUGGGGGCCCUGGGAUACCAAGGUGGGGCUUGCCUGGGGAAAUCUUGUGGCCGGAAGAGGAAGUGAGCCUCCCGGGACCCCUGACUUGCGACCUCAUCAACGUUGGUGCUACUGCUUGGUGGAGAAUGUAAACCCUUCCGUGACCCCACUCCGUCCAUCCCCUCUCCCACCUUCUCCUCCUCCCCACCCCGGGAGGGGCCGGGCAGGGCCAGGGCCAGGGCGGCCUUGGGAACCCACAGGGCAAGGAAAGCAAGAGAGCUGGAAACCCCACAACCCCCGCACCAGGAGGGCCCCGAUCCCCCCACUUCAGAGGCCAGCCCCUUCCCACCCAGGAGCUCCCCCUUACACACAUCUUUACACAGUCUCCAUCUCCAGGGGAACAUGGUGCUACGUACACGCUGGUGCUUAUUCAUCUUUCUGGGAGGAGGGAGGAGGGAAGGGCUGCCCUGCCCCCCCCAGAGGACCCUCAUCCCUUAGGGGCUCCUCUGAAGAUGGUGCCGACACGUCCGGGACAGUCCCACCUCUCCCCGCCCACUGGGUCCAGUUGGUUCCCAUGCACCUUAAGCCUCAGACCUGGAUUCGGCCACACGGUUCCUGUCUCCCUUCCCCCAGGAGGGGGCCCCUACCCGCCCAUCAGUGAUGGCUGAGCCCCACUUCCAGGGUGCCUUCAGGUUAGAAAAGCCUUCUUCCCCGGGGAUCAGCUCCCUUGCUCGAGCGGAACCAUCCAUCCAUCAGUUCAUCCUCAUCCCCCCCAAAUUGAGUGACCAGUGAGUGCCGUUAGCUGGCUGGGCACCCCCCCAAAACCUCCCUCACUCACACCCUGGCCAAGCCAUCCUGGUGGCCCAUGUCCUGCCUCCACCCUAACUACCUGCCCCCUACACCAGCCCAGGGUGUGUGUGCGGGCGGUGGGGGCAGCGGGAGGUUCCCCAUCCCCCGAGCUGGGUCUCCCACACGCAGUACUGUAUGCCCGGUCCCGCCCUCGAGCCACUGUACUCCCCAGCAUGCCCAGCCCCCACCCCAACCCUCUCUUGGUGUCUCGCUGUGAUAGAUCAAUAAAUAUUUUAUUUUUUGUCCUGGA